AUGGCAGAGCGCAAUUCGAACGCCACCAGCGCUGGCGGCAAACCAAUUCGGGUCUGGGUCGAUGGGUGCUUUGACAUGAUGCAUUUCGGCCACGCAAACGCUUUGCGCCAGGCAAGGGCAAUGUGCGACUAUCUCGUUGUCGGUGUGCACUCGGACGUCGAAAUCGAAAAGAACAAGGGCCCGUGCGUCAUGAGGGAGGACGAGCGGUACGCUGCCGUUGCCGCCUGCAAGUGGGUGGACGAGGUGCUGGACAAAUACAACAUUGAUUUUGUUGUCCACGGCGACGACAUCACCACUGCGGCUGAUGGAACCGACUGUUACCAGAUUGUUAAGGAUGCCGGGCGGUACAAGGAGUGCAAGCGCACUGUUGGCGUAUCGACCACCGAGCUCGUUGGUCGAAUGCUUCUUCUUACGCGCGACCACCACAUCCGCGGCAGCCGGAGCAUCAAAUCACCCACCCAGGGCGUUGACGAGACCGUGAUGACCAACUUCACGCAGGGUUCUUUGCCGGCCGGCGCGCUGACGGGCAUUGCGCACUACCUCUCUACCUCCAAGAAGAUUAUCCAGUUCUCUUCGGGCAACGAGCCCAAGGCUGGGGACAGAGUGGUCUAUUUUUUCAAGCGCGCGCGCGAGCAGGGCGACUAUCUUCUCGUUGGCAUCCACGAUGACCAGACUGUCAACUCAGUCAAGGGCGGAAAUUUCCCGGUCAUGAACCUCCAGGAGCGCGUUCUGGGCGUCCUGCAGUGUCGGUACGUCGAUGAGGUGAUCAUCGGCGCUCCCUUCAGCGUCACCAAGGACGUGCUCGAGGAUGUCUACCACGUCGAUGUUGUUGUGCACGGUGCCAGCGACCAGCCCCUUGAUAUUGACGGCAGAGAUCCUUACGAGCUCCCCAAGAAGCUGGGCAUCUACAAGGAGGUCGACCACCCGUGCCUGAACCUGACCACUACCACGAUUAUCGAGCGCAUCAUUGCCAACCGUCAUGUAUACAUUGAGCGUCAGGCACGCAAGGCAAAGAAGGCAAUCGCUGAAGCCGAGGCGGAACAGCGCGAAAAGGAGGUCAACGCCGCCCUGCACAGAUAG